GAGGAACAGCCUGCUGUUAUUUGUCUGGUGUAAAGUUGAAGAAAGUACAGUAGCAUAGGGAUCUCGAUAUAAACGAUUGCUUAGCUCCGCAAAUGUCUUAAAAUACAAUGUAGCGUCUUUUGUCCCUGUCAACUUGUUUUUGGUUUACAGAUUCAGCGAACAAAAAAAUACAAACAAGUUAGUCAAUCGACUUGCAUUAGCGGAUCAGUAACGGCUUUAUUCUGUUAUCGUUUUCAAAAUAUAAGAACAUUGCAAGCAAGAUAUGGCUUCUCCCAGCAGUCUGUUUUCUGAAGAGCAGUUCCGGUGUUGUAUCUGUCUGGACCUUUUAACUGAGCCUGUGUCCCUUCCAUGUGGACACAACUUCUGCAAGGACUGUAUCUCCAGGCACUGGGAUAACAAUGAUCUGUAUCAGUGCCCCAUGUGUAUGAAGGAUUUCUACAGAAGACCAAAUCUUCAGGUCAACACAAUGUUCAGAGAUGUUGUCGAGAAAUUUAAGAUGUUGAACGUUAGAGGGAAAGAGGAGUUCCUUUGCAAACCUGGAGAAAUACCCUGUGAUGUCUGCACUGGGAGGAAGCUCAAGGCCCUGAAGUCCUGUCUGGUGUGUCAGACCUCCUACUGUGAGACUCACCUGGAGCCUCAUCAGAGAGUUGCAACCUUGAAGAAACACAAGCUGAUUGACCCUGUGGUGAACCUGGAGGACAGGAUGUGUCAGAAGCAUGACAAACCUUUAGAAGUCUUCUGUAGGACUGACCAGAUGUGUGUUUGUCUGAUGUGCAUCAACACAGACCACCAGACUCACAAUGCUGUUCCUUUAGAGGAGGAAUAUAGAGAAAUUAAGUCUAAACUGGAAGAUGUGAUGAUGGAAAUGUAUAAGAUUAUACAUAUACACUCUAGGAAGAUUAAGGACAUCAAACACUCAUUGGAGAUCAGCAGGAGAGAUGCACAUAAAGAGAUAUCAGACAGCAUAGAGGUAUUCACUGCUCUGGUGCGCUCCAUUGAGAGAAGCCAGGCUGAGCUCAUUGAGGUGAUUGAGGAGAAGCAGAAAGCAGCAGAGAAACAGGCUGAAGGGUUGAUUAAAGAUCUGGAGCAGGAGAUCACUGAGUUGCAGAAGAAAAGCUCUAAACUUGAGAAGCUUUCAAACACUGAGGACCACCUCCACCUGCUCCAGAGCUUCCCAUCCCUGAGCACCCCUCCACACAGCAAGGACUGGUCUGAGAUCAGUGUCCACAGUGAUCUUUAUGAGGGUACAUUGGGAAGAGCUGUUUCUCAGCUGAAGGAGACUCUGGAUAAAGAGAUGGAGAAGUUUCCUGAAGUCAAGCUGAAGAGGAUUCAGCAGUAUGCAGUGGAUGUGACUCUGGACCCUGAUACCGCACAUCCCAAUCUCAUUCUAUCUGCGGAUGGGAAACAAGUGAGAGAUGGAGACAAACGCAAUAAUCUUUCUGACGGUCCAGAAAGGUUUGACUCAUGUAUUAUUGUCCUGGGAAAACAGUGCUUCUCCUCACUGAGGUUCUACUAUGAGGUGCAGGUUGAGGGGAAGACUGAUUGGGAUUUAGGAGUGGCCAGAGAGUCCAUCAACAGGAAGGGGGAGAUCACCCUGAGUCCUGGGAAUGGAUACUGGACUGUGAGUCUUACUGAUGGAAAUGAGUAUGUGGCUGAAGCUGGACCUGGUGUCCUCCUCUCCCUGAGACAGAAGCCCCAGAAGGUGGGGGUGUUUGUGGACUAUGAGGAGGGCCUGGUCUCCUUUUAUGAUGUGGAGGCCAAGUCUCAUAUCUACUCUUACACUGGCUGCACCUUCAAAGAGAAGCUUUAUCCAUUCUUUAGCCCUAGUCCUAAUAAUGGAGGUAAAAACUCUGCCCCACUCAUUAUAUCUCCUGUUAAUCCUUAGUUGGCCAUGACCUGUAUAUGGAAAUUUAGCACAGUGUUGGUCAGGCUAUCCUUCUGACAUGGUAUGAAAACAGUGUCAUUGACGCAGUAUUGUAUUUGUAUUACAUAUAUAAUAUGUAAAAACAUAUGUAAUACAUACAUACAUAUAUAAUAUGUAAUACAUAUAUAUUUGUGUGGGGAUGCACUGAAUGUGUGCAAUGUAAUACUGUAAUGUGUCCUGGAGAGAUGCACAUAAAGAGGACUUCACCUCACUGAGGAGUGGCCAGAGAGCCCAUCAUCAGGAAGGGGACAAUCACAAUGAUGAUGACGCCCUGAGGAUGGAGACUGGACUUAUAAUGAUGAACAUUUGCACAUUAGGGCAAAUGCAGACUCUGUAGUCCUCCUCUCCAUAAAUGAGAAGCCCAGAUGGUGGGGGUGUUUGUGGACUAUGAGGAGGGUCUGGUCUCCUUUUAUUGUGGAGGUCAGGUCUCAUAACUACUCUUUCACUGGCUGCACCUCCACUGAGAAACUAUUCAUUCUUUAACAGUGGAGAAAUGGAGUCCUAUGGAAGAUGUUUUCUAACAAUCCAGAAAGGUUUGACUGUUAUAUUGUUGCCUUGGGAAAGCAGGGCAUCCCCUCUGGAAGGAUCUACUACUGUCUGAGGUGCAGGUUGAGGGGCAGAGUAACUGGUAGUAGCCAGUGAGUCCAUCAACAGGAAGGGGAUUAUUCCACUGGACCCUGAAGAUGGAUACUGGACAGUGAGUCUUGAGUAAAGGAGAUGAGUGCUUAGCUUAGACCCCCAACCCUGUCUCUGUCUUCCUGAGACACAAUAUCCAGAAAGUGGGAAUGUUUGUGGUCUGGUCUCUUUUUAUAAUAUCUUUUGUACUCUUGCAUUGGCUGCACUUUGACAGAGAAGCAAUAUCUAUUCUUUAGCCCUUAAUUAUGGUGAUGGAAACUAUGGCCCUCUUAUCAUACUUUCUGUGAUUAAAACCAACCUGGCAUAAACACUUUAGGCUAGUACAAGGAGAUCAUUUUGAAGCAGUACAUACGUAAUGUCAGUAAUGUUUUUAAUUUGGUAAUGUUAUUCUUACAUAAUUUGAGUAGCCUACUUUAUGCAAGGGAUGCAAUGCACACUGUGUUGA